AUGUCACUCGCCAGGCAGAACGACCCUGAGAAUGAGGACAUCAACAUCCCUGCCUCGGGUCUUGUCACCCUGGUUACGGAGGGAGAGGAUGCCGGAAAGAUCAAGCGGUUCGAGGUUUUUAUAGACCAUACUCCGAUUCGACAGAAGAUAGAAGCUGUGAACAGCCAACGGUCAGUUCUCCAGGAAUGA